AUGUGGCAUGGAGGUGACUCGCCUCAAAGCACAUACAAUUUGUGAUAAAAAUUAUACUUUCACAUAUUUAUUGAAACAACCGAGAUAAAUAUUGUGUUAGUGAUUCAUAAGCAAUAAAUAUUUUUUUUAUCAUUAGAAAAUUGUGUUGUUUUAUAAUAUAAUACCUUGCUAAUGUUUGUGCUCGCGGAAUUGAAAGAUACAGUCAGAAUUCCACCGUGGGAAUUCAAGAAAAAAUUGAACGAUGCUAUUACCAAUGAACUUAAUAGAAAAUUAGCUAAUAAGGUUUAUCUCAAUGUUGGUCUUUGUAUUGCUCUUCAUGACAUCAUAAAGAUCGAGGAAUCAUAUAUAUUUCCUGGUGAUGGUGCAUCUCAUACCAAAGUAGUAUUUCGUUUUAUUGUGUUCCGUCCAUUUAUGGAAGAAAUUUUAAUAGGAAAAAUACGUAGCUGUAGUGUUGAUGGAGUUCAUGUAACAUUAGGUUUUUUUGAGGAUAUUGUAAUUCCACCCCACAAACUGCAACAUCCAUCAAGGUUUGAUCAAAUGGAGCAAGCAUGGGUAUGGGAAUAUGAUACAGGAGAUGGUGAAAAACAUGAUUUAUUUAUGGAUGCAGGAGAAAUUAUAAGAUUCAGGGUAGUGAGUGAAACUUUCACAGAAGCAUUGCCCACAGGACCAAAUGUGUCUGGAGAGACUGAAAAAUCAGAAGCUAAAAAUACAUCCCCUUAUACUUUAGGGGGCGCUAUAGAUGAGCCAGGUCUUGGAUUACUUACUUGGUGGGAAAAUAGCUAAAAGUACAAAAAUAAAUCCAGAUCAAUAAAUUUUUAUUU